AUGUGCAACCUGAAGCUGUCAGUUUUCUUCAUUGCACUUUCUGUCACUCUGAGCUGUUUGGAAGCUACACCUAUUGAGAGAUUACUGUCUGUGGCUGAUGAUCUGUCUGAUGGCACUUCCAAGAGACAAGGAUGGAUGUUGCCUGUAAUGUCACAGAAAACACUCCCAGGACUCAGUGAGGAGAUGCCAGAACAGCCAGCAGCAAAGACAAAAAGCCACCAGCUGGAGAAGAGGAAGUGCAACACGGCCACCUGUGUGACCCAGCGCCUGGCUGAUUUCCUGGUGCGCUCCAGCGGCAGCGUGGGCGCCCUGUACCCCCCCACCAACGUGGGCUCCCACACCUACGGCAAGAGGGACACGCCAGGCACGCAGCCCCACAGCCACCCACUGCUCUGA